AAAAAAGGAAGCAGCUCUUUGUUCACAUUUAAUAUCACUCAAAAUCCAGGAAACUAAUAAACAAGAUAUUAAAAAAAGGUACAAAUUUGAGCAAUCUUGAUUUAAAAAAAAGAUUGAAACAUAAAAUUUGUUUAUAUUAAAUUAUCUUUCGGGGAGGUUUGAGGUCUUGAUCUCAGAUGAAGCAACUGUCUUCAUGUGGGCUGGGCUAAACUCCAUCCAAUGAAGGAUUUCUAAGGACCUGAUGAUAAGACACUGAGGGGAGUUGUUUUUACAUUUCACCAAGAACAGCGUGCGAAGAGACUGCAGGGAGCAAUUUCCCAACAGCGCUCAGUCUGCCAACAGAAGCCAGAGUGCAGCUGGGCAGACUCAGUUUGGAGUCAUCUGAUGUGAAAGGCCUCGCAUUGAGACCAAUUGGACUCAGUGGUUUUGGUGACAUCAUUUCUUUGAAUUUAAAGUUUCAGACCUCAUGGAUCAGGAAAGCCGCCUGCCCUCAGAGGAGGAAGAACUUAGAGAACCUUCAGUCAUCAUCAUUCAGGUCCUGCUGAGGCUCCAGCAUGCAGUCGUCCUGGGAAUCUCACGAACACGACGGAGACUCCUGCAGGGCUUCACCGUGAUCUCCAUAGUGAUUCUGCUCCUCUUCAUAGCAGCUUUUUUAUACGGGACCUUCUACUACUCGUACAUGCCCAAGGCGGCCUUUUCUGCCCCCGUGUACUACUACUACAGGACAGACUGCGAAUCACCGUCAUCUUUCUGGUGCUCCUAUCCUGUGGCCAACGUCUCUUUGAUGAAAAACAAGAAACAUGCGCUGACAUUUGGCCAGGCGUAUCGGGUGUAUUUGCAGCUGGAGAUGCCCGACUCCCCGACAAAUCACGAGGUGGGGAUGUUCAUGAUCAAGACCACUUGUUUCUCUCAGGAUGGAGGCCAGGUGGCUUCUUCGGCUCGCACCGCAACCCAGCUGCAGAAGGCCUCCAGCUCUCGCUUUGGAAUGCUGCGGUACCGAUCAGACCUGCUGAAGACUCUGGGAACGGUGCUCUUCCUCCCCGCCUUUCUGACCGGAGCAGCCGAGCAGAAGCAGGUCGUGGAGGUGGAGCUCUUCUCAGAGUUCACAGACGACCCGUAUGCCCCCUCAGUCACAGCGUUGAUUGAGAUCCUGUCUAGCAAGGUCCAGAUCUACUCGUCUCAUCUGUACGUGCACGCCCAUUUCACUGGCUUGAGAUACUUGCUGUUUUACUUCCCCGUCCUGUCGGCCCUGGUAGGCGUUGCAAGCAACUUCACCUUCCUCAGCCUCCUCUUCAUCUUGAGCUACAUGAGUCAGCUGCUGAAACUGGGGCAGAAACCAGAGCAGUCUGACCUUUCUCUGAGGUCCGAAUUACAGCUCACAACAGAUGGACACAAGCCAGAGGGCAACGGUGUGACUAACGAGCCUCUGGAGGAAAAGGAUCCGAGCGCAGAUGCUGCGGAGCGGCUGGGUCCCCUGCAGACUGAUCCCACAGACCUGAGUGAGGACGAUCGCCACCUGCAGUUCUGCAGCAACACAGACAGGCAGAACGGACACGCACUUAAUCAGGGUGACCUGAACCAGUCUGAGGCAGCCUGAGGCGUUUAUUGGAAGAUAGGAAAGACAAAAAAAAGUCAAUGUAUCAGAAAUUAACACUAAACUGUCCUUUGAAAUGUUUUUGAAAGACGUUGCGUCGCGCACUCUGAAUCCUGUCUCCAGACUGCGUUUUCACUUUUAGCGCUGAAAUAACUCCCUAUAUACCUUUCAUAUUUGCAGUUUUUUUUGGUCACGCUUUGUGAAAUAGAUUUUGUAGUGAGGAAAAACUUCUCCAGAAUGCUUGGCAGAGUAUACAAAAAGUAUUUAGAACGGGGUUCCUACUUUCAAGUUUAAAAUCACUUUUGUUUCCUGAUUUAAAUUUCUACAGUUCUCAGUUGUUUUCACCUCAGGCUUCAAAAAUGAAACCAGAGGAAAUAAACAGGAUGGAUGGAUGGAUGGAUGGAUGGAUGGAUGGAUGUGUUAAUGCAUGGAAAAAUGGAUGGAGCGAGAACAGACGGACAGAAGGAUGGAUGGACUAAACUGGAUGGAUGGAUGGAUGGAUGGAUGGACAGGUGGGUAAAUGGAUGGCUGAUUGAGUGGAUUAAACUAAAUCUAUUAUCUAAGAACCAGUUAACAAAGCCCUUGUGCAACUUUAAAAAAAAAUCUGAUCUUUCUGACCUUGACAAAGGAACAGAACAUACAGUUUGAAAAUGCAGAUAUUUUUAAUCCUCUAAUUAAUCCCAAUCCCAUCCAGGCCAGGAACACGCUCAUUUUAACUGGGCAGGAGCCCUGAACUGUAAAACAACAUUGUUGUUUUAAUUUUCUGAGUUUAUACACUGCUGUUGCGCUUCUCAAUAAAUACUUUUGCUGCAGAUAA